AUUGUUAUCGCAGAACCUUGCAAGCCUUGCAAACAUUUGGACGACGGAAACGCACCAUCCUAAGCUUCAUCUCGAGUCUGUGUCAUUACAAUGUCGAGUGCUAGGGGUCAAUACAACCGCGCCUCUCUUGAUGACGACGAUCUGAUUGACCCGGAUGAUGCGGAUCUCAACGACUUCGAUGACCCUCUCGCCCCUCAAGCAGCUCGGCAGCCUUUGACAAACACCAUUGCCUCCGGAGCGUCGGCGUCGGGACCGUUAGAUGAAGGCUAUCUUACGUCUCGCAUCCCUGGAGAUGAUCGAAGGGCCCCCCAGAACACCAUUGAUGAAAGCGUAUGGGAUACUCUGCGCCGCGACCUUUUAGCGGUGUGGGCCAAGUUAAAGGAAGUCUUGUACCCGCGAUAUCUUCUUGGUGGCACCAUGUUCGACUCUGAGGGCGGCCUCCGUGGUGCAUACUCCAACAUCCGCGGCGCCGGCUUAACAGGCACGAGGGAGGAGCUCACUGGGCUUGCCAGCCGGGUCAUAGAUGCAGAGGCUCUGCUGCAGAGCAAUAUGAGCCCUGGACUGAGAGACUGGGACCUAUGGGGACCUCUGAUUUUCUGCCUACUGCUAAGCCUGUUGCUCAGCUUCACAGCGCGAGCUGAUCAGAAAGAUGCUGUCUUUAGCGGUGUUUUUGCCACCAUAUGGCUUGGUGAGGCGAUUGUCACGCUUCAAAUCAAGCUUUUAGGGGGCAACAUCUCCUUUGCCCAGAGCAUCUGCAUCAUUGGUUACACACUGUUUCCGUUAGUUAUUGCCGCUCUCCUGUCGGCUCUCAAGUUGCACUGGAUCGCACGGAUACCAGUCUACCUUUGUCUCAUCGCGUGGUCCCUUGCUGCUGGCGUCAGCAUUCUGGGUGGUAGCGGAGUGGUCAAAAACCGUGUGGCCAUUGCUGUUUAUCCUCUCCUUGUGUUUUACCUGGGCUUGGGAUGCCUCUGCUUCAUUAGCUAAGGGUUUUGCGUUGGCUUUGGGCGAUGCUCAGUUGUGCUACUGUAAUGCAAGGGUUAUGUGUAAUGAAAAACAAUUGUCUCAAAUAGAGCGGCCCCUACCUAUGGCGGUACAUGCAAGCAUGAUAGCGCCUCUCUUGCUAUGCCUUUUUAAGAUCAUAUAUUACAUCAAUUGGAUGCCGUAUGUCC